CGCGGGGCGCUCUCAGAGCGCGGGAGCGCGGGGAGCACCGCCCGCACCUUCCUUUGUGUGGCGCGGCCGCGGCGGCGCUGGCCCGCCCCGGGUCCCCGUCCCCGCCCCCGCCCGGCGCGCCGGUCCCUCCCGGCAAGAUGGCAACCCCGGCCGCCGUCAAUCCUCCGGAAAUGGCUUCAGACAUCCCUGGAUCUGUGACCUUGCCUGUUGCCCCCAUGGCGGCCGCCGGACAGGUGAGGAUGGCGGGAGCCAUGCCUGCCCGAGGAGGAAAGCGGCGAUCCGGAAUGGACUUCGAUGAUGAAGAUGGUGAAGGUCCCAGUAAAUUUUCGAGAGAGAACCACAGUGAGAUUGAGCGGCGCAGGCGGAACAAGAUGACUCAGUAUAUCACGGAGCUCUCCGACAUGGUUCCCACCUGCAGUGCCCUGGCUCGGAAGCCGGACAAGCUCACCAUACUGCGCAUGGCGGUUUCACACAUGAAGUCCAUGAGGGGCACCGGGAACAAAUCCACUGACGGCGCGUACAAGCCUUCCUUCCUCACUGAACAGGAACUGAAGCAUCUCAUUCUGGAAGCCGCUGAUGGAUUUCUGUUUGUGGUGGCAGCUGAGACAGGAAGAGUAAUCUACGUGUCUGAUUCCGUCACUCCUGUUCUGAACCAGCCACAGUCAGAGUGGUUUGGGAGCACCCUCUAUGAACAGGUACACCCUGAUGACGUGGAGAAGCUGAGAGAGCAGCUGUGCACUUCAGAAAACUCCAUGACAGGCCGCAUCUUGGACCUGAAGACGGGGACGGUGAAGAAGGAGGGACAGCAGUCGUCAAUGCGCAUGUGCAUGGGCUCGCGCCGCUCCUUCAUCUGCAGGAUGAGGUGUGGAAAUGCUCCCCUGGACCACCUGCCUUUGAACAGAAUAACCACCAUGCGGAAAAGAUUCAGGAAUGGCCUUGGCCCUGUGAAAGAAGGAGAAGCCCAGUAUGCCGUGGUCCACUGCACAGGUUACAUCAAGGCGUGGCCGCCAGCAGGAAUGACCAUCCCCGAAGAAGACGCUGAUGUAGGGCAAGGCAGUAAAUAUUGCCUUGUGGCCAUCGGGAGGCUCCAGGUGACCAGCUCUCCUGUGUGCAUGGACAUGAGCGGCAUGUCGGUGCCCACAGAGUUCCUGUCCCGGCAUAACUCCGAUGGGGUCAUCACAUUCGUGGACCCAAGAUGCAUCAGCGUGAUUGGCUACCAACCCCAGGACCUUCUGGGAAAAGAUAUUUUGGAAUUCUGCCACCCUGAAGAUCAGAGCCACCUACGGGAGAGCUUCCAGCAGGUGGUUAAACUGAAGGGCCAAGUGCUGUCGGUCAUGUAUCGGUUCCGCACCAAGAACCGGGAGUGGCUGUUGAUCCGUACCAGCAGCUUCACCUUCCAGAACCCCUAUUCCGAUGAGAUUGAGUAUGUCAUCUGCACCAACACCAAUGUCAAGCAGCUUCAACAGCAGCAGGCAGAACUGGAGGUACACCAGCGAGAUGGGCUGUCGUCUUACGACUUGUCUCAGGUCCCUGUACCCAACCUAUCUGCCAGUGUUCAUGAGGCGGGGAAGUCUGUGGAAAAGGCAGAUGCCAUCUUCUCCCAAGAAAGAGACCCUCGUUUUGCUGAGAUGUUUGCGGGCAUCAGUGCGUCGGAGAAGAAGAUGAUGAGCUCAGCUUCGGCAUCAGGCAGCCAGCAGAUCUACUCCCAAGGAAGUCCAUUCCCUGCCGGGCACUCGGGCAAGGCCUUCAGCUCUUCCGUGGUCCAUGUGCCUGGAGUGAAUGACAUCCAGUCCUCCUCCUCUACGGGCCAGAACAUAUCCCAGAUCUCCCGGCAGCUGAACCAAGGCCAGGUGGCGUGGACAGGCAGCCGUCCACCCUUCCCAGGGCAGCCCAGCAAGACGCAGUCAUCUGCCUUCGGGAUCGGAUCGGGCCACCCCUACCCUGCUGACCCUUCUUCUUACAGUCCUCUCUCCAGUCCAGCGGCCUCCUCGCCCAGUGGAAACGCCUACCCCAGUCUGGCCAACAGGACUCCAGGGUUCGCCGAGAGCGGACAGAGUGGCGGGCAGUUCCAGGGCCGGCCCUCGGAGGUCUGGUCUCAGUGGCAGAGCCAGCACCACGGACAGCAGAGCGGUGAGCAGCACUCCCACCAGCCUGGCCAGACUGAAGUGUUCCAGGUAAAUCCAGCGAGCAGCGCCUUCUCGUAGGUGACAUGCUGCCUAUGCCGGGGGACCCGACACAGGGGACUGGCAACUAUAACAUCGAGGACUUUGCUGACCUGGGCAUGUUCCCUCCGUUCUCUGAGUAGCUUCAGGCAAAGCCAGGCUCCUACUGCCCAGGCUCUGUUCUUGUCAUGGCAUAGAUGCUCAUGUCCAAAGGGACCACCCCUACCCACCCAGCUUGCCCUGCUGGAGAGUCCCUAGAAGCCACCCUGACUUCCCGUCUCCCUGGACAUGGCAUCAUCUAUCUGGCUCUAACCCACAGGCCUGGCUUCUUGGGUUUGGGAUCUUUGUAUUUAUUGUACUUUAUCUGUGUGCUCGGAAUGGGGCCUCCAGGGUCCUUAAAUUCCAUUGUGAAUAAUCUCCUCAUGGACAGUGUGCACCCACCAAGUUUGCUUGGCAUCCGCAAUGGCUGCAGCACCAGCAGGUCUGCCUGGUGCAGAGGCUGGGUUUCUUUCUGCUUUUUCACAGCUGAUGCCUGAGGGCUUCAGGUCGGGCUGAUAGGCAGUAACCUCCACAUCCUGUGUUGGAGCCAGGAGCACUGGGACUUGAGACUUUGUCCACGUGCUGUCCUGGAUGGCCUGGGGCCGGGUGUGUUUUGUGCAGCGAGAAUCAAAGUUGUGACUUGGUGGAUGUACUGUGGCGUGUUGGCGUGUGUGGCCAGUGAGUGGGAAAAGCUGUCCCCAGUCAGCUGCAUUUCAGAGGGCAGCUUGACAGGGGCCUGGAAGCUGGGCUGAUGGCCAACCCUCCAGCACUGUCCCCAGGAGUCAGGGCUGGGAAGCCGUUCACUCUGUAAGUCAGUUCUUUGGUCCUCUGACCCUUUUACAGACAGCCUCCACGUCAAGCUUUUAGCCCUUCCUCCUUGCAACCUAUGAGAGCUCUCACUCUUCCCUUACUAGGCCUGAGGGACAAUGUCCUGAUUCCACAGAGGUCACUGCAUUCUCCUUGCUCUGUAGCAGAGCCGAGCUGUUUCCUGCCCAACAUCCAGGAAGUCACACCUGGCCCUCUGUGUAGGGUUACACCUUUCAGUGUCCCUGACACCUUCUGCUCAGUAACCGAGGAAGAUGGGGCCACAUUGUGGGUGGGGAAGGGUGCUCUGAGCCCCUUGAGCCUUGGUUCUCAGCAGACAGAAAAGCCAGGUGUACCUCAGAAGGAACACAGACAGGCCUUGGAGGCCGGGGACCCGGCUCUGGGCACAUUCUUACAGUGGUCUUACGGUGGAACUACGAGCUAACCGCUAGAAACUUCUGCCUGGCUUAUCUCUGUGUCCCUGUGUCAGUCAGGUUUGACAGAGCUUCAGACUCCACCCCAAUUUCAGGUCCCGCCGCUCCUCCCCCAUCCCAUGUGCCAUGGCGAGUGCUGCCUGCCUCCCUUCACUUAAUCGAGCCCCAUCUUAAGUAAUCCGUGGCCGUGGAUCAGCCCACUAAUGCCCAAGUGUGAGAGAAGCCACCAAGGCCUACCCAGGCCCUGAGGCCCUCUGCAGCUCUUUCAGAAACGUGGAGGCUAAGCUCUCAGACCAGCCCUGCCUUGCUGCCUGGCUCCUGGGGUGCUGGGAGUACAUAGGUUCCAGGACCCAUGAGAGCAGAAUGAACAUGUGGAUUAAAGGCUCCAGAGACCGCCAAUGCAUUCCAACCUCAGCGUUGCCUGCCAUCCAGAGCGUACUUGGGUUUUUACAGGAUUCACCUGCAAUCUCUACUUCACUCAGCAGAAUGCCUUUGGUGAUCCCUGUCCCUGACAAACUGUGGCCCCAGAGGUCCUCAGACAGCUUGAGCCCUUCCACGGAGAGUAAUAACACAGCCUGAGGUUCACCCCAGCCUCAGAAUCCCACGUAGGUCUCCUAUGUAUGCUGUCUGGUGCACCUUCUGUCCCCAGCAGCCUGGAGCUGGCCUCAAGUGGUGAGCAUAAGUUAGAAAAGAGAAAAAGGCCCAAAGCUAAGUUCAGGAGUAGAGAAUCCUUUUCAGGGAUGACAACAGCCAUGGCCUUUAGCUUGUGAGUUAAGAGGUGUAAGGAGCUGUGGGUUUGGUUUUUUUACUUUGGAGGGAAGUUGGGGCUUUUCUUGGGUAUGUGACACAGUUUACAUGGGCUGUCACUCCCCAGUGUGAGCUCACCUGCUUUGUGAUGGCUAUGGCCUAUCACACAAGCAAAAACAAGUCAUUUGCUAACCAACAGAAGCAAGGCUAAAUUGCAACCCUCUCUGUAAGUGGCCGUGGGUUGCUAUGUCCUAACUUGCCAGUCCACCCAACCCUAUCCUACCAAGCUGAUGCUCACCUGAAGUGCCACCACCGGGGAAACUGAAGCAGGAAAGGUCGUGAGCUUAGGAGUUCAAGAUCUACCUGGGUGACAUCAUAAGACCAAUCUCAAAAAUAUAUAGCUGAGUAUCUUGGCCACAUUCCAUGUACUGAGGCAUCACCAGCUACCUGGCUGCUCGCUUCCUCCACUGCCUAGAAUCUGAGACAGUUUUGAAGAGAGAGCUCACAGGGCAUGGGCACACUUCCACAUGUGACAUGCCAUGCCUUGUGCCCUGAGCUGGGGUUUGUUGAGGCAACCUGCACAGCCUUGUGUAUAUUGGCCGUUGCAUAAUGGCCAUGCACAGGCCAUGUGGGGUCCAGCAGUUUGCUUUGUCUAACCAUCUAUGUCCUUAAAGAGGAAAUUCACAAGCAGGCUUCCGUGGACAGUAAGCACUUACUCAUCUCUCAUUUAGCCUUUCUUCUUAUGGAUGUGAACUGUGCCGUGGGUAAAUCAUUUGUAUUUCUUGAGCGUUCUGUAUGACUAACAGGUAUUAAAGUCACUGGGUAUAUGUGUAACUAAUGUAACUGCCUUUUAAAUUUUCAUUACAAUAAAAAAUGACUUUGCUCUGAA